GCUGAAUGAGGGAAGAGCGUGCGGUCAGUGGGCAGGUAAAAACACACAGCGUUGAGGGAGUGGAGAGGAUUUUCUAUUUUGUACAUACAUUAUUUUGUAUAUACUGUUUAUGAUGACUUCAGUGGUCACUGAUGCUGCCAGGGGCAAUCGGGACAGAGCCCUACCACAAACCACACACACCUCACAGCCACAGAAACAAAUACAGGCCACAGCCGAACAGAUCCGACUUGCCCAGAUGAUUUACGACAAAAACGAUGCAGAUUUUGAGGGCAAAGUCCAGCAGCUCAUGGAGGUUACAGGCAAAAAUCAGGAUGAGUGUAUGGUGGCCCUUCACGACUGCAAUGGGGACGUCAACAGGGCUAUCAACUUCCUGCUGGAGGAGGUCACUGUCAAGGACUCAUGGGAGACAGUUGGCAAGAAGAAAAGUGUUGGAAAAGAAGGGACGGCUCCAGAGAGCAGGGAGAAGAGAGGAGAGAAGGAAGGCAGAGGCCGCGGAGGUCCAAACAGACGUGGCCGAGGGGCCAGCCACAACCAGGAAGGGCGGUCGGAAGAGAACGGGUUUGAUUCAGCUCCAGGAGUGAGAGGAGGAGACCGUGGGCGCAGAGGAAGAGGGAGCGGUGUAGGAAGCCGAGGAAGAGGCAGAGGAGCUGGAAUGAGCAGGCUCUCUCAGGGAAUGGGGACGUUUAACCCUGCUGACUACACCGGCUCUGCUGAGGCAGGGGAGGCUGGAAAUGAGACUACUGAAGGAGCAGGAGCCUGGAAGGACAGUCUGGAAGAUUGGGUGGCCGAAGACUGGAAUGAAGAUCUAUCUGAGACCAAAGUGUUCACUGCUUCUUAUGCGCUUGGCUCCAAGAACUGCGUGCAGCCUGGACAGGGGAUGGUUCUCGGCUCUCUGUUGUCUAAGGUGGCUGAGGGUGACUCUGAGCUGUCCGGAUUGGAGCCGUCGUCCCUUGACACUCUCACCCAGAGCCUGGUGUUCACCAACUCUCAGCAGCACGCCACCCGGACACACACACACAGCUACGCUUCUGCUGCUGCUGGCACUUAUGCCCAUGCCGCAUCGUCCAUGCUGGGAUCCAGGCUUCCCCAGAAUGAUGUACAGAAAAUGGAGCCAAUCAGCACACCCCGAAUUGCCCCUUUGUCCAGUCAGAUUUCAGGGACCCUGAACAAUGGCACUGCAUAUGUUGAAACCACUGCUCUGGUGCCUCUUGAAUCUACACCUGUGACCCUGAAUGAACCCAAGGAGACCCCUGUUACAGCAACUCAUCUAGACCUGAAGGCCCAACCUGACCCAUCCCCCAUCCUCGGUCGUCUGACCAAGCAUCAAAAUGCAGCACUCCAGUCGGACCUGCCGGCUCAGGCCCGAGACCCUUCUCCAUUUCCCCCACAUGAUGGGCCUUCUCCGACACUGAAACCCCACUGUGAGCCUGUCGUCACCUCGACAGAGCCGCCACAACCCAGAAACAUCAGACCACAGAGACGGAGAGCACCCCCUCCCUCUAAGAUCCCCUCUUCGGCAGUAGAGAUGCCAGGCUCUGCUGACGUGUCCGGGCUGAACGUGCAGUUUGGUGCGCUGGAUUUUGGAUCUGAAUCCACUGUGGAGAAUCUCAACCAAUCAGAAAGUAGCUGUCAGGAACCUGUGGGCGCUCCUCUAACCCAGAGCAGCCUGUACUCCAAACCCACCGCCAUCAGCGAGUCUUUAGGUGGCUUGCCUCCAGCAGUAAUGGAGUCCAGUUACCCAUCAGCCUCUCUUGGUUUACCGAGCACUACUGUCCCUCCUGUCUUGGCUUCAUCCUCAGCUAGCAGAGUGGAGUCAUCGGCCACCACCCCUCUCGGUAAUGGAUUCAGUGAAAUGAGGAUAUCCAGCGUACAGGAAGCUGCUCCGUCCAGCACCCCUCAGCCCAUAUCCACAGCCCUGCCCACAGAGAAUAGCUUGUCAUCUUCAUCACUGUCAUCUUCCUCCUCUUCAACAGCAGCGCCUGCCCUCAGCACAGCUCUUCCAUCACUUAGCAGUCACGUGAGCAGCAUUAACUCUCCUGGAUAUUCUGCGCCCACCAGCUCUUCCCUGAGCACGCAGAUGGGCACUGAUGUGAAUGUGAGCCUGUCCACGUACUCUGGCGCUGUGUCGAGUGUGUCCAGCUCGACGGUCAGCUCAAAUGGCCUGAGCGCUGGAAACCAAAGUCUCAACGCUAACGGCGCAUCCGCUCCCUCUGCUGUCCGUUCUGCACCACUGCAGACCAACAUCACACCCUCCAACACUUCUGGUAAAGCUCCUCCUAACCUGGCUCAAGGAGUGCCGCCGCUGCUGGCCAGUCAGUAUAUCAUGGGUCCUGGUGGCCUCCUUCCUGCUUACCCGCCAAUCUACGGAUAUGAGGACCUACAGAUGAUGCAGUCCCGCCUGCCCAUGGAUUAUUAUGGCAUGACUUUCCCUGGCACAGCACUAGCUGGCAGAGAUGGAGGAUUAGCAAACAAUCCCUACUCAGGUGAGCCUACCAAAUUUGGCCGCAGCGACUCAAACUCCCCAGCCCCUGCCACCAGUCUCUCCUCAGUGCCCCCCUCACAGUCUCAACAGAGUGCUGUCCCCCCUCAAAAUCAAGGGCCACAGAACCCAGGUCAAGCCCAGCAGGGUCAGACCCAGGCCUUCCUCAAUCCCCCUCUGCCUCCAGGUUACGGCUACACCAGCCUGCCCUACUACCCUGGGGUGCCAGGAAUGCCCAGUGCCUUCCAGUACGGCCCCACUGUCUUCAUGCCUCCAGCAUCCACAAAGCAGCACAGCAUGGGCCUGUCCAGCCAGUACCAACACCAGGCCGGAUACAGCCAGCACACGUAUGGCCCAGGCUUUGAUGAGUUGUCCCAGGCUCAUGCUGGAGGAGAUUACGGGAAAGGAGGAUAUGGAGGAUGCUCCCAGUCCCAGGCCAAAGCAGUCAGCAACAGCUCUGGAAAAGGUAGAUUUUACACACUCAGUUUAUGUACAGACGUUGUUGUUAACAUUUACAGUAUCAACGGAUCAUUUGACAAGCAGGGUUUCCCUACAGCAGCCGGCCCUGCGUUCAGCCUGCCCUCAGCUCUAGGAGGAACCGGCCCGCUUAACCCCGCAGGUGCCCCCGGAUAUGCCCCCGCACCCUUCCUUCACAUACUGCCCCAUCAGCAGCCCCCCUCACAGUUACUGCACCACCACAUGGCUCAAGACACGCAGGGCCAACGCAGUCAGGCCAACAGCAUGCAGAAGAGUCAGGGCAAGUCCAACUACAGCAGCUCUCCAUACUGGGCUAACUGAACGCGCCGUUUAUACUGUUACCCACAUAAACGCCCGAAUCUGUGUGUGCACACUGUCCUGCCUCUAACAUGAAAUGCACAAACACACUCCGUAUCAGUUGUCCCCCGUCCCCCUCCUCCAACGUUCUCCUCUGCUUUUGUUCCUUCUCUGAAUUAGGUUUUCCAUGUAAGAUAUUUAUGUAAGUAUUUAUAUAUACUGUAAAUGUUAAGAAGCCGAACAUUAGAUGUGGUCGCUCCAUUUUAUUUUUUUGAAGGACUUUUUUUUUUUUUUUUUUUUUUUUU